AUGCUCGUGUCACUGACCGUGGGCAAGGUCGACGCCGGUGUGGCCGUCCUGCUCACCGAGGACAAGCGAUUGAUCGAGUUCCCGUCCAUCCUGCUGCCCGCCGACAUCACAUCCGGUUCAAUCGUCGACAUCAACGUAGCACGCAACGAAGCCGCCGAAGAUACGGCUGUCCAAAAGUUUGACGCCCUCCAGGAAGACAUCUACUCGACCUUUGGCAUCCACUCGCCCUCUGCCCCCGUCCUGCGCUGUCGCAAUGCCACGCAAACCUCGGUCGUGCUCGAGUGGGACCCCGUCCAGCUAGCAACAGCAGAACUGCGCAGUCUGAGCCUGUACCGCAAUGGCAGCAAGGCCGGCAACAUCCCUCGCGACAAGCUGAGCACAAAGAUCUCGGGCCUGGCCGUCGACAGCGAAUACACCUUCCACCUUGUCCUGCGCACUUCGGCCGGCACCUACACCAGCGAUCGCCUGACUGUCCGCACCCACAAGAUGACCGAUCUGACUGGCAUCACCAUCACUCCUGGCAUCAUGCCCCAGCAGCUGCGCGACGACCUGCAGGCCACCGUUGAUCGCAUCGGCGCGAAGAUGAUUGAUACCUUGCGCAUUGACACGACCCACUUUGUCUGCACCGAGGGUCGUGGUCAAGCAUGGGAGAAGGCUGGCGACAUGAACGUACCCGUUGUUGUUCCCGACUGGCUGAAGGGCUGUGAGCGCGAAGGACGCAUAGUUGGUGUCCGCGCUUACUACCUCGAUGCCGACCCCAAGCUGCGAAACAUCGGUCCCACGAGCCAGCCAUUGCCUUCCCCUAAUGUCAAUCCGGACUCAAGACGUCCUUCGACUCAAACACACCCCGCCACUCAACCACAGCCCUCGCAACAACAUCUUCAGCUUCAGCAACAACAACUCAGGGUGAACCCACCACUCGCCAGUCCUCGUAUCGAACACACACCACCAACCCCUGAGCAAACUCACAAUCCAGAGAUUNNCCCACUUCUCAGCCCGAGUCCGUUCCUGCACCUCCACCAAAGGAUGACUCCCCUGACACCGCUCCUCCCACACCACCCAAGGAAGACCCUGUGCCUGAACCUCAGCAGCCUGAUGCUCGACCUAACGAUACCCAACAAAAGNCCUGCUCCCGUGUCCGAUCUUCCUUUCCGCAAUCUCCCAAGUAGCUUAGAAGAGAAGUCUGCACAGCCAGCAUCCAAAGAGCCAGUCAACUCUGCACCGCCCGAGGAACCUUCCCCCUCUGCAGAGGCUACAGCAGAAAAAGAGGAAGCCCAUACAGAGCCUCCCUCAGUGAACAAUCUUAAGGCUAUCGGUAUCCCGCACGAGGAGGAACCAUCGACGAAAGCACCAAGCGAGUUUGACGAUGUUGCUCUGUGA